AUGAGGGCUGCCUUUGCAGGGAGUGCUGCCUUCGCAAGGGCUGGUGCCUUCGCAAGCAGUGCUGCCUUUGCAAGGAGUGCUGCUUUCGCAAGGAGUGCUGCCUUCGCUAGGAAUGCUGCCCUUCUAAGGAGAGCUGGCUUCGCAAGGAGUGCUGCCAUCGCUAGGAGUGCUGCUUUCGCAAGAGGGCUGAUUUCGCAGGGAGUGCUGCCUUUGCAGGAAGUGCUGCCUUUGCAAGGAGUGGUGCCUUCGCAAGGAGUGCUGCCUUCGCAGGGAGUGCUGCAUCCGCAAGGAGUGUUGCCUUCGCAAAGAGUGCUGCCUUUGCAAGGAGUGCUGCCUUUGCAAGGAGCGCUGCCAUCGCAAGGACUGUUGCCUUCACUAGGAGUGCUGCCUUCGCAAGGAGGGCUGCCUUCGCAAAGAGGGCUGCCUUCGCAGGGAGUGCUGCCUUCGCAAGGGGAAAUGCCUUCGCAAGUAGUUCUGCAUUCGCAGGGAGUACUGCCUUUGAAGGAGUGCUGCCUUCCAAGGAGUGCUGCCUUCGCAAGUAGUGCUCCCUUCGCAAAGAGUGCUGCCUUCACAAGAAGUGCUGCCUUCGCAAUGAGGGCUGCCUUCUAUAGGAGUGCUCCCUUCACAAGGAGUGCUGCCUUCGCAAGGAGUGCUGCCUUCGUAAGGAGUGCUGCCUUCGCAAGGAGUGCUGCCUACGCAGGGAGUGCUGCCUUCGCAAGGAGUGCUGCCUUCGCAAGGCGUGCUGCCUUCCCAAGGAGUGCUGCGUUGGGACAGAGUGCUGCCUUCGCUAGGAGUGUUGCAUUCGUACACAGUGCAGCCUUCUCAAGGAGUGCUACCUUCGCAAGGUGUGCUGCCUUUGCGAGGAGUACUGCCUUCGCAAGGAGUGCUGCCUUCGCAAGGAGUGCUGCCUUCGAUAGCAGUGUUGCCUUCGCAAGGAGUGCUGCGUUCAGAAUGAGUGGUGCCUCCGCAAGGGGUGAUGCCUUCGCAAGGAGUGCUGCCUUUGCAAGGAGUACUGCCUUCGCAAGGAGGGCUGCCUUCGCAAGGAGUGCUGACAUCGCUAGGAGUGUUGCCCUCGCAAAGAGGGCUGCCUUCGCAAGGAGGGCUGCCUUCGCAGGGAGUACUGCCUUCGCUAGGAGUGAUGUCUUCGCAAGGAGGGCUGCCUUCGAGAGGAGGGCUGCCUUCUCAGGCAGUACUGCCUUUGCAACGAGUGCUGCCUUCCAAUGA